CAGUCUCCAUUACCAACGCCAAACAUAGGAAAGGAAAAUUUUAACUGCAAAUUUCAAUGCAAAGCUGCAGACUUGAUCAAGGUUCGGCACUUUGAUAUUCACAAAUUUUUCAUUUUUAAUAAUUAAAAAAGGGACCAUUUGCAGGCUUCUUAUCCUAAAUUUUGGGUAUUUUGUUUGGUAUGAGGUGCCUAGAACUUCUCACCUGAAGAUGAAUAUUUUAUAGCAUAAAAAAAGAGAAUAAACGGUUACCCAGUUCAUAGUUUGAGUCAAGCUUUGAGUUUGCAGAGCUUUGAUUGUGUUGUGGGUGAUGGGUUGGAAAUACAACGCUGGGUUAGGCUUGAUUGGCAGUGUUGUGUUUAUAUGGGUCACCUCUGCGGAGAUCACUCAGAGAAUCUUUGUAGAGUAUAGACAGCCAUUUGCACUUACAUAUCUGGGGGUGUCUCUCAUGGUAAUAUAUUUGCCCGUGGCACUUCUGAAAGAUUGUGUCUGCAGCUUCUUGGGUGCAACCGUUUUUAGGAAUUUUUCACAUGAGAUGUCUGUGUCAAGCACUUCUACUGGACUUGAUAUUCCUCUUAGAAUCAAUGAGUUGCAGGACGGUUCAGAAACUGAUCUGCAAAGUAGACUACUUAGUGCCAAAUAUCUUAGUGAAAGGGAAGAGGGGGGGCCUUUGCUCCCAAAGAAUGAGGAAGAUGAUCCGCCUAUGCUUGAAGACAGCAGUUAUCUUCAUUCAUGGGACAUUGCCAAGUGCAGUUUGUAUCUUACUCCUGUAUGGUUUUUGACAGAGUAUCUAUCAAACUCUGCUCUGGCCAAUACUAGCGUAGCAAGUACGACUGUCCUAACUUCUACAUCGGGGCUCUUUACGCUUUUCUUUGGAGCUCUACUUGGCCAGGACUCCAUUAGUAUUGCAAAAGUGGUUGCUGUCUUUGUAAGUAUGGCAGGUGUUGCAAUGACAACAGCUGGAAAAACUUGGGCAAAAGAUGAAUAUCUAAGCAUCUCUGAGUCUAGAAGGCACUCAAUCACAGGGGACAUUUGCGGCCUUCUCUCUGCAAUUUCAUAUGGAUUAUUUACAGUGCUGCUCAAAAAAUCUGCCGGGUCCGAAGGAGAUAAGGUGGACGUGCAAAAGUUCUUCGGAUAUAUUGGUCUCUUCUGUCUCCUUGGUCUUUGGUGGUUAAUAUGGCCGCUGAACGCAGCAGGACUUGAGCCUCAAUUCGAGUUUCCACAUUCAGCAUCUGUUGAAGAAGCUGUGCUGUUCACUGGCUUGGUGGGGAGUGUUCUCUCAGACUACUUAUGGGCCCUUUCUGUGGUUUGGACAACUCCGUUAGUCGCAACGCUUGGCAUGUCCUUAACGAUACCCCUAGCAAUGUUAGCUGACAUGGUUAUUCACGGCCGGCACUAUUCUGCAAUCUACAUCCUUGGAUGCAUUCAAGUAUUUGCAGGUUUCGUUAUAGCCAAUCUAUCUGACAAGUUUUCGGCAAAGGGGGAAUUGUAGCAGUAGCAGCAAGCAAGAUAGUGUAAAAAUCUUGAAUGAGAAUGUAAAAUACUUAAGGAUUUUGAAGCAACAAGUAAUGCUCUCUUAUUAUUAUAAUGCAAAAUGUGAAUAAGGAACAAACAGCAGCAAACCCUAGUUAUCUAUAUGGUUCUGUGUGAAUUAUCAAAUUUUGUUUUCAUAAAAGAAACAUAAGCUUUGUUUUA